AAGUGAUCAAGCUACAAAGAAAAGCAUUUUAUUUCCUCAUCGAUUGUUAGGAAUUCAUCGUUACCUCAUAUAAUGGCACCAACGAGUGAUAUAUGGCAACACUUCUCAAAAUGCGACUGAGGAGCAAAGUGCCGCUAUUGUCAAUGCGUCAUAAGCUGGAACAAUGGAUCAACUUCAAAUCUUAAACGACACAUAGAUCGCAAACACCCAACUGUUCCACAACAUAGAACACAACAACCGUGCACAUCAUCUGCAGAAGAACCGAUCACAGAAGAAACACCACAACCGAUUAGCACUUCUAAUACUAUUUUCCAGAUGGACGAGGCUUGAAAGAUCGAUAGGCUACGUGGUCCGGUUCGUUAACAAUGCUCGACAUAGGCUGGCCGAAACGCCAGUAACCCGAGGACCGCUGACACAGGAGGAGCUCUUGGCAUCUGAACGCGUUAUAUUUGCUCAAGUUCAGCUGGAAGCGUUCCCAGAAGAAGUAAAGUUGCUGAAGCAGCAAGCAAGGGAAGGAAGAGAAGUUAACAUAGCACUACAGAAAAGCAGCGCCCUUUACAAAUUGUCGCCGGAGCUGGACGAUUGUGGCUUAAUAAGGAUGCGGGGACGUCUAGAUACCUGUUCAAUAGCUAGUGAAUCGUUGAGGAAGCUGGUGAUCCUGCCGCGCCGACAUCACGUUACCGAGCUGAUCCUUCUGGCAUAUCACGUGAAAUAUCGCCACUGCAACCAUCGUACCGCUGUUAACGAGCUUCGAGCGAGGUACUACAUACCACGAGUCUUGGCCGAGUAUAACCGAAUACGGCAUUCUUGUCAGUACUGUAAAAAUGCGAAUGCCGCACCGAAACCACCGAUGAUGGGUAGUAUACCGAGAUGCCGAACGGCGGUUGGACAACGUGCAUUUACUUAUACUGGGCUGGAUUACUUCGGACCGAUGUUAGUGGUCGUGGGACGUAGAACAGAAAAACGAUGGGGAGUUAUCUUUACGUGCCUCACAACCAGGGCAAUCCACUUGGAACUGGCGCAUUCUUUCAAUACGACAUCGUGCAUCUUGGCCAUACGUCGCUUCGUGGCGCGGCGCGGGCCUCCGAGAGAAAUCAUAAGCGACCGUGGGACAAACUUCAUCGGAGCGUCUAGGGAGCUGAAGGAGGCAGUAUCAGAGGUAAACGAAGAUGAAUUAAUGCGUGAGUUCUCUACUUCAACUUUUAGAUGGACGUUUAACCCCCCUGCAGCACCCCACUUUGGUGGAUGCUGGGAGCGCCUGGUACGAAGUGUGAAGCAAAUCUUGUGCAAGUUCAACCUGCCACGACUCCCAUCGGAUGAAGUGCUGCAGUCUACCUUAGCCGAAGUGGAGCUGAUUGUAAACUCGCGGCCGCUAACAUAUGUACCACUAAACGAUGAGAUGGACAUGCCUAUAACGCCUAAUCACCUUCUAUUAGGCAGCUCCGACGGUACCAAGCGCCCUGUCCCGUUUGAUGAUUCACCGGCGGCGGUAGCAGUAACGUGGAGAACAACGCAGCGGAACGCUGACAUCUUCUGGAAGAGGUGGGUCGCGGAUUACCUGCCCACACUCACCCGCCGCUCGAAAUGGUUCCAGUCGGUACGACCCAUCAAAGAAGGAGAUGUCGUGAUCAUCGUGGACGCGAACCUGCCCCGCAAUACCUGGCCAAAGGGGCGCGUGCUAGCAGUAGUGCGAUCUGGAGAUGGACAGGUCAGACGAGCCACGGUGCAAACAGCAAACGGAAUUUUAGAGCGACCAGCUACAAAACUCGCAGUGCUGGACGUGAAGCCCAUGGAAGACAAAGAAAGUGCCGAGGUUUCUGAUGCUACUAAGGAUUGUGAGGGAUAGGAACCCUGGGGCACUAAACAGCGAUACGGGUUUUAAAGUGAUAACUAGCGGUUUUCACUGAUGGGGAGAAUAUUACAAACGUGUAAUGGCCCUUUAGCGCUGUCUGCUGCAUGGGCUAAUGUCGACUCUAAUUGACGUUUAAGAAGUCAACCACGAGGCGCACGAAAGGGAACGAUCAAAGACGACGGCGGCCAUCGCGAAUUAUAAUAUUAUAAAUAGAGGCGAGAGAUGCGCUCUCGUCCUUUUUUCCUGCUACCGCGAAUAAAGACACGUUCUUUAUAGUUCGUUAAACAAAAGUUUUAUAAAACGUGCCUGUCUUAUUCCAUGCGAUUAGGAAAGAAGUUGCAUUUGCAACAACGUGAUUGGACCGUAAUCGAACAAGCGACAAGUGUUCUCGAACUUGUUAAUGCAGUCACUAUUGAAAUUAUAGGUGAAAAAAUAGUCACGCUUUCAACAAUGGGUGUUCUUAUAAGAUCGUUGUUAAAAAAAAUUUCAGAAAAAAUGGAAAACGAAAGCAUGUGUAAGGAAGUUUCUAAACUAUGCAAAGAAAUAGUACGAGGUAUUAAGCAAAAGUUUGAAUGUAUGUUUGAUUCAGAAAUUAUCAAUAGCGCUAUAAUCCUAGAUCCACGAUUCAAAAAAGAAGGUUUUUAGGAGACGUUGCUCGAUAUGAAUCUUGCUACGAUAAUUUAGUUAGCAAAUUAAUUCCUUUGCAAUCAGAAGCAAAUGGCUCAGAUGAAGGUUCACAACAAGAAACAUUUGAAAAUGAUGAUGUUUGGGAAGUGUUCAAAUUCCAAGAGCAAACACCCGUUAACAAUUUUAAUCCAAGAAUAUCUGCCGUUUCUGAACUUGAUAGAUAUUUAUCGGAUAAAAAAAUUAAAAUCAAAGACGAUCCUCUACAUUGGUGGCACACUCGUGGUGAAGUAUAUCCUACCUUGCAUAAGUUUGUGAAACAAUAUUUAUCAAUUCCAGCCUCUUCAGUUCCAUGUGAACGUAUUUUUUCAAAAGCGGGCCAAAUUUUAACGGAAAAGCGCAGCCGCAUAACAUCACAAAAAUUAAAAGAAAUGAUGUUUAUUCAACAUAACUACAGACCAGAAUGAGGUAUUUCGAAUCGAUAAGGUUUAGUUGAAGAAAGAAUGUCGAAACGACUAUAAA